GUGGUGGUGAUUUGGCUCUAAUACAGUCAUUUAUUAAUUCUAUUGGAGAGUCAUUAUUUGCUUUAAAAAAUGUAAAUAGUUUAUAUAUAACAAGUGAUGUUCAACAAACUUUUGAAAAUAAGUUACCUGGACCGUUUCCGUUACCAUUAGUUAGUUAUUUAUAUUGUUUUGUCUUUACGGAAUUUAGACAAACAUUAUUGAAACUCCAAGAAAGGUAUAGUGGUAUAUUUGAAUUGUAUGUUGGAGUUAAUCGAAAAAUUAUAGUAGGAGAUCCUGGAUUAUUGGAUGUAAUCUAUGACAAGAGUUCAGAUUCUAUUUUUCAAAAAUGUAUUAUACCUGGGGCAGUUUCAUUAGGAAUGGAGGAUAUAGGAAUAAAUUUAAAAAAUUAUAUGACUAGUAUAAAUGAUGUGAUUGAAGAGAUGUUUGAUGAAAAUGAUCAGAGAAAAAAUUUUGAAUUAGAUUUGAAUAUUUGGAUACUUGAAAUAUUUGCAAAAGAUGAUGUUGACAUAGUCACAUUACAGUUUCCAACAGCACUUGAUACACAAGAUAUGAGAGUAUUCUAG